UCGUCGGUGGGUCAACAUGAACGCUCUGACUGUGAUUUCCGUGGCGGCCCUCGUGGCUGGUGGCAGCGCCUCCUUGCUUGCGUACAACGGCGUAUAUGGAGGCCAUCACGGCCUUCUUGGCGCCUAUCCUUAUGCAGGGUAUACUGGUCUGCACCCUUACUCAUACGCAGGUGUCCACCCUUACUCAUACGCAGGUGUCCUUCCUGCAGCGGCUCAUCUCAACCUCAAAACACCUGUGGUCAACGCCGUGGCUCCUGCUCCUGUCUCUUACAGCGUAGCUCCCUUCGCACCUGUAGCACCUGUCCAGUCUCAGUACCACGCUCAGGAUGAGCUCGGUCAGUACUCCUUCGGUUACGCCGGCGGUCCUUCUUCACGUGCUGAGUCUCGCGAUGCCUUCGGUGUUGUCCGUGGUUCAUACAACUACGUGGACUCCGAGGGAAAGGUUCAGACUCAGCACUACGUGGCUGACGCCCUCGGAUUCCGUGUGUCCGGAACUAACCUUCCAGUGGCUCCCGACGCCCCCGAGGCCGCCCCUCUCGCCGCCCUUCCCGGUCCCCUUCCCGAACCCGUCCAGGACACUCCUGAGGUAGCCGCCGCCAAGGCCGCCCAUCAGCAAGCCUACGACGAAGCUGCAGCCGCCGCCGCUGCCGCCCCCGACACCCGCAAGAAGCGCUCCGUCCUUGCGGCUCCCGGCCUCGGCGUCUACUCUCCUCUCCGUUUCUCCUACGGCUUCUCCACUCCCCUCCACUACGCCCACCCAGCACCCUAUGCUUCUCCUCUUCACUACACUGCCGCCCAUCCCGCCCUCACCACCUACAAUGCCGCCCACGUCCCCACCACAUACGCUGCCGCCGCCGGACCCGCUCUCCGUGACGCCGAGCUCCUCCGUGUGGUCCACAACCCCAGCCACGCCACCUCCUACCGCAACUGUAUCAGGAGAAGGGAUCAGGAUGUGAAAGAAAGGGAAAGCCACGCCCUCGACGACACUACACUGAUAAUGGCCAAGAUGUUCACCCACGUAUUCAAGGGGCGAUUAAAGUCAAUGCCCCAAGACAACGGCAAAUUCCGUUGGUGGCUCUCGUGGCUAGCGUCAGCGCCUCCCAGCUCGCGUACAAACAAUACAAAUGCUGACUACCACGGCCUUCUUGGCGUCUAUAUUUAUGCAGGUCAUUCUGGUCUGCACCCUUACUCAUACGCAGGUGUCCUUCCUGCAGCUGAUCCUUUCACCUUCAUGACCGUGGUUUCUGCACCUGGCUCAUACAUCGUCGCUGCCGCACCUAAGGAUGAUAAAUUUGGUUGUCUCAUUCACGUGUUCCAGGUCUACAAAGGACAAAUGAAAGCCUACGCCACAGAGCAUGACUAUAUUGCCAUUCCUGCUGAGAGGUUUAUUUCCACAGCUCCUCGACGGUGGGUCAACAUGAACGCUCUGACUGUGAUUUCCGUGGCGGCCCUCGUGGCAAGCGGCAGUGCUGCUGUGGUUCCUUAUAACGGCGUAUAUGGAGGCUACCAUGGCCUUCUUGGCGCCUAUCCUUAUGCAGGCUAUUCUGGUCUGCUCCCCUACGCAUACACAGGUGCCCUUCCAGCAGCUGCUCCUCUCACCCUCAAAACGCCUGUGGUUAAGGCCGUGGCUCCUACACCUGUCACAUACAACGUCGCUGCCGCACCUCUUGCUUACAACGUAGCUCCCUUCGCACCUGUAGCACCUGUCCAGUCUCAGUACCACGCCCAGGACGAGAUCGGUCAGUACUCCUUCGGUUACGCCGGCGGUCCAUCUUCCCGAGCUGAGACUCGUGAUGCCUUCGGUGUUGUCCGUGGCUCUUACAACUACGUGGACUCUGAGGGAAAGGUUCAGACCCAGCACUACGUGGCUGAUGCCCUCGGAUUCCGUGUGUCCGGCACCAACCUUCCAGUGGCUCCUGACGCCCCCGAGGCCGCCCCUCUGUCCGCCCUUCCCGGCCCCAUCCCCGAGCCUGUUCAGGACACCCCUGAGGUUGCCGCCGCCAAGGUCGCCCACCAGCAGGCCUACGACGAAGCCGCAGCCGCCGCCGCUGCCGCCCCCGACACCCAGUGAGAAUUUCUAACUGGGGAAAACACAGUGAUAUGUUCUACAGUACAUGGUGUGUAGAGCACUCGAGACCAAGUUCGUCGACCACCAAGACCUUGCUUGGGAUCUUGUGUUGACCACCAUAGCUUGUACAUAUGUAAGGAGCGCAUUCCUUUCCAUGAAAUGAAGAGCUUUUUGAAAGUCAAAAAAUAAAUAAUAUUUGUACUUUA